AGCGUCUGCGAAGAGGCGCUUCCCGCUCUCCCGGCUGAGCUGCUCUUGGGGUGGGGGGGUGGAAGCGACGCCGUGGAGUCGGGAGAAGGAUGGGAGUAACUGAGAUACCAUGAUGGAUAACCGUUUUGCCACCGCUCUGGUAAUUGCCUGUGUGCUCAGCCUUAUCUCUACCAUCUAUUUGGCAGCCUCAAUUGGCACAGAUUUUUGGUUUGAGUACCGUAACCCAUCACCUCCUGAAAAUAAUAGUGAAAGUAAAGCCACUUGGGAUGAACUUUUUGGUGAAAAUGCAGAUGAAAACUCUUACACAGAAGCCCUUUUUCGAUGGAAUGGCACCAUUGGGCUGUGGCGGAGAUGCAUCACGAUGUCUGAAAACUCUCAUUGGUACAAUUCACCAGGUUUCAAUCAAUUUCUACCAAACCUCAACACCACCAGCAGUAAAACAGGUGAGAUGGUCACAAAGUGUAUCAGUUUUUCUCUUUCGGAUCAAUUCAUGGAAAAAUACAACGUUCCUGGGAAUCAUAAUAGUGGCAUGGAUCCGAACCGCACCUAUCUUUGGCGUUUGCAGUUUCUCCUGCCUUUUGUCAGUUUAGGACUCAUGUGCUUUGGAGCCCUUAUUGGCGUCUGUGCUUGUGCUUGCCACAGUCUCUAUCCUGCCAUUGCCACUGGAGUUCUCCACUUCCUAGCUGGUUUGUGCACACUGGGUUCAGUUGGCUGCUAUGUAGCUGGAAUUGAGCUGCUCCAUAAGAAACUACCUCCUCCUCCUGUUCAAGGCCAAUUUGGCUGGUCCUUCUGUCUGGCUUGUGUGUCAGCACCUCUGCAGUUCAUGGCCGCUGCCCUUUUCAUCUGGGCUGCACGCACAAACAGGAAAGAAUUCACACUUUUGAAAGCAUACAGAGUGGCAUAAUAAGAUCCUCAUUUUUCCUCGGUCUCUUAUUUUCAUAACUUUUUUUAAAAACUUCCUUGCUGUUUUUAUUAGUUAUUUAUCUGUCUCAGAGGAUGCAUGCUUCUAAUUACAUUUAAUGAAAUGGCUUGGAAUUAAAGAGAUUGGGAGGACCAAUUAUGAGGAAUUGCUUUUUCUUGCCAGAGAUCUAUAUGAUUUUGACACAUUUUUAAAAUACAUCUGACAUAAUUAUCUUUUCACGACUAAACUUUUAUCUGCAAAGCAAACUAAUAGGAUCCUUAAGGGAAUGAAAGGUCUUGAUGAAACUAACAUGGGCAGAAUGUCUA